AUGUUGACGAAUACUUACAGUUCAAGUGUCAAUUACAAAAAUGAAAGAAAGUUCAGUUGUCAUCCUCAUCACAAGCUCUUUUUGGAGAUUUUCGUUGCUCUUGUAAAGCAGAGGCUAACAUGCAGGUGGCCUCAUAGUGAAUGUAUGGCCACACAAAAGGUUGUGACCCCAGUGGCCCAUUCACUAUACAAAGGUCUUUGGGUACACAGUUAUCAUCCAUAUGGUGAAUAUGGACAAGGCAUCAUAGAUGGCAUUGGCUUUACAGUUAGCAAAAUUUUCAGUGAACUUGGAGGAGUUGAAAGCUUGGCACAGUAUAUGGAAACAGUGGCAAACGGAUAUCUCGGAUAUGGAGGACAACAGUUUGUUGUUGACAGAUUGGUCACUGUGACAAAUAUUUUUCAAAAGCUAGCAGCUGUUGUAGAACAAAGAGAAUGGAUAAUUGCAUGCGGAGCCCACAAGACCCUAGUAAAGCUAUUGGCAGCCAAGCACAAUAAUGUACUACUGGGUGCUCUCCUUGCUCUUACCAGCUUGGCUGAAAGCCCAGAGUGCAGAGUGAAGAUAGGUGAACUCACCAUUGUAGAAAAUUUGUUAACAAUUUUACAAGAAUAUGACUUGCUGUCAAAAAGAAUGACUGCUGAGCUGCUUCGUCUACUCUGUGCAGACUCUCAAGUGAGAGAACAGGUGAAGAUCUAUGAAGGAAUUCCCAUUCUGCUUAGUUUGCUGCAUUCUGACCAUCUCAAAUUGCUGUGGAGUGUUGUAUGGAUUCUAGUUCAGCUCUGUGAGGAUCCGGAUACCAGCACUGAGAUUCGAUUGUGGGGAGGCAUCCAACAAUUCCUUCACAUUCUACAAGGAGAUAGAAAUUUUGUAUCAGAUCGUUCUUCAAUUGGAAGUUUGUCUAGUGCUAAUGCUUCAGGAAGAAUUCAACAACUUCAGCUGUCUGAGAAACUAAGCAUACAAGAAAUUCAAGAGAAUACAUUAUCUUUGCAAGAAGCAUGUUGUGCUGCUAUCACUGAGCUGGUACUUAAUGAUACAAAUGCUCAACAGGUUGUACAGGGGAAUGGCAUUUAUGUGAUAGGGAAGCUAAUCCUGCCAAGAAAACAAAAGAAUGCACUAAAAGCAGAUACCUUGCAGUGCUAUGCUUUUAGAGCUUUGCGUUUUCUGUUCAGCAUGGAAAGGAACAGGCAAUUGUUCAAAAGGUUAUUUCCUCCUGACAUGUUUGAGAUGUUCAUUGAUGUAGGACAUUAUGCCCGUGACAUCCAUGCAUAUGAAAACUUGGUCACGAAGUUAAACUCUUUAACUACUGAUGAACUAAAACAAAUCACUGAAAAUAUAGAAGGAGUUAAUCAAAAUAAAGCCCCAACAAAAUUUAUUGGUAAUUAUGCCAUUUUAGACUAUCUUGGGAGUGGAGCAUUUGGUAAUGUUUGUAAGGUUAGGAAAUACAGUGGACAGAAUCUGCUAGCGAUGAAAGAAGUUAAUUUGCACAACCCAGCUUUUGGAAAAGACAAAAAAGAUCGUGACAGCAGUGUAGAGAAAAUUGUGUCUGAACUCACAAUAAUUAGAGAACAGCUCCAUCAUCCAAAUGUAGUGAAAUAUUACAAGACUUUUGUAGAAAAUGAUCGAUUGUAUAUAGUUAUGGAACUUAUCGAAGGAGCACCCCUUGGUGAGCACUUUAAUUCUCUCAAAGAAAAGCAACAAAAGUUUACAGAAGAAAGAAUAUGGAAUAUAUUUAUACAAAUAUGCCUUGCAUUGCGUUAUUUGCACAAAGAAAAAAGAAUUGUCCACAGAGAUCUUACACCCAACAAUAUCAUGCUGGGUGAACUAGACAAGGUAACAAUAACUGAUUUUGGCCUUGCAAAACAGAAACAAGAAAACAGCAAAAUGACUUCAGUUGUUGGGACUAUACUAUAUUCCUGUCCAGAAAUAGUGAAGAGCGAACCUUAUGGAGAGAAGGCAGAUAUUUGGGCAGCAGGAUGCAUUCUGUAUCAAAUGGCGACUUUAAAUCCUCCUUUUUACAGUAGUAACAUGCUCUCCUUGGCAACAAAGAUUGUAGAAGCAGCCUAUGAACCAGUACCAGAAGGACUCUAUUCUCACAAAGUUUUCGAAACUAUUAAAAGGUGUUUGACCCCUGAUUCAGAAGAACGACCAGACGUUGUGGAAGUAAGUGCAAUGAUUUCAGAUAUUAUGAUGAAAUACAUGGAUAACUUAUGCACAAUGCAGAUAACAAUGGAGAAGAAGCUUGAUCGGGAGAGAAGACGCACACAGAGGUAUUUCAUAGAAGCUAACAGGAAUGUAAUGAAUUACCAUCAUCAGAUCUCCAUGCUAUCACAAGACCAUUAUGAUAAGUCAAGUCUUGGAGGCAGCAGUGGAACAGCCAGCAUGAAGAGUGAAUCAUCAGAAACCAAUGACAGCCCAUUAGAUGACACACACACACAGCAUAAUAAAGAUGGGGAUGAGAGACUGAAUGAUGCAGUAUUUAUUGAGAACAUUAAUUCUGCUGAGAACACAGAAAAAGAUAUAUGUCUAGAAAUGGAUGAUGAGUUGAACAUUUCAGAUCACUUCAGCAGUUCCAGUCCAAGCCCCAUAAAGAAUUCUACUCUGGGUCAUAGUUCUUCCUCUAGCUUCUUUAUUCAGGGACAAUUACCUCAGUCACUGUCCGGAACAGAGGCUGCACACCUCAGCAACAGUCUACAGUCAUAUUCCCUUGAAAGCCCUGGCUGCCUUGAUAUAACAGGUUUAGAUCAGUCUCAACAAAAGGGAGCUGGCCUGGACCAGCAGAAGGAUGCUGUUUUUUGCAUCCUCACACCUUUCAAGAAGGAUCUCCUACAACUAGGCUUACUUCUGCCAUUACCUUCUGUUGGAAUCAGAGCUUGCUUGAAGAGAACAGGAAAUUCCUUAAGCUCAGGGUGGCAAUGCCAUAGUCUACCAGAUGUAGUGCUUCGAAGGCUGAAGGAUCAUGCAUCUGCUGGAAUAGCAGUGUCUCAACGGAAAGUGCGCCAAAUCAGUGACCCAAUUCAACAGAUUCUCAUUCAGCUGCACAAAAUCAUCUAUAUUACACAGCUUCCACCUACUUUACAUCACAACUUUCGAAAAAGUGUUAUUGAAAGGUUUAAAAAGUCAUUAUUCAGUCCACAGAGCAAUCCCUGCAACUUGAAAGCAGAGCUUAAAAAGGUCCUUCAAGGGUCCCCUGAACUGAUUGAACUGAACUUUGUGACAGCGGAUUGUAAUUUAAUGCGACAAACCUCAAGAGAAAAUGCAGCAUUCCCUGGAGAUAGGGCAGUCAAUACAUAUAGCUAUGAAUAUGAAGAUGGAAUAACGUAUGAGCAGAUGCAGACCAUGAUUGAAGAAGUUCUGAUUGAAAGUGGUUAUUACGAUAUCCUGAACACUGUUAACAGGAAUUACAGUUAUCCAUGGGCAAUGAAGAACCAUUUGACUGCACGCCGAUAGUCUUCUUUUCAGAUCUUCAUAAAAAAUCAUCAACAGAACUGUCUGCGCACAGGAU